AUGACCACCAUGUGCUUGGACGAGGUGGAUAAGAAGCGCUUUUGGGAGGAUUUGGAUGAGGUGGUGGGAGGUCUACCACCCAUUGAGAAGUUAUUUAUAGAAGGAGAUUUCAAUGGACACGUAAGAUCUAUUCCAGGGGGUUAUGACAAUGUGCAAGGAGGUUUCGGCUUCGGGGACAGGAACGGAGGAGGAGUCUCUCCAUUGGAUUUCGCGAAAGCUUUUGAAUUGGUGGUAGCUAAUUCGAGUAUCCCGAAGAAGGAAGAUCACUUGGUUACCUUCCGUAAUUCGGUGGCAAAGACUCAAAUAGACUUUUUGCUCCUUAGGAAGUAUGAUAAAGGUAUUUGUAAGGACCACAAGGUUAUUCCGAGUGAGAACCUUACGACCCAACAUAAGCUUUUGGUGAUGGAUUUGGAUAUCAAGAGGAAGAGGAGGAAGAGGGUCGUGGAUGACAGGCCAAGGAUCAAAUGGGGGAGUUUGACUAUGACUAGUGCCCAGGAGAUGGGGGAGAAGUUCAUGGCUAUGGGGGGCUUGGGACAGUAG